AAGAGGGGAAAAAAAAGUAGCCAAUGAAAUACCGAUCCCCGCCGCCACUCUCUCUUGGUUACUAGGUAGAACAAAAGAAGGGGGGGAGGAGGAGGACACUGCGCUUCGGAUGGGCCUCUGCAACUAGGCAACGGUUUCCAUGGCGAAGAGAAUCAACUCGCAGGCGGCGGCGGUGGAGGAAGGAGUGCUGUACAAGAGACUAGGCCGUUGUGUGGAGUGUGAAUGGUGGGGGAGUUGUGGAAGAAGACAACCACGUCCUUAAUGGCCCUCUCGCCUUCGCCAUCGUUAAUGGCGUUGCUGAAGCGUUAAAGAUUCAAACAGAACAGAGGCCUGACAUAGGAGGUCAGAAAACCCAGGGCCAGAACAUCUCUGUUGUCAACUUUCAAGGCCACUUUUAUUGUCAAUAGAAAACUGACAUCAGAGAUGGCAUUUGGACCUCCCAAAAACCUGAAUGGGCCCAAGAUGCAAACAAAGAUGAGCACCUGGACACCACUGAAUCAUCAGCUCAUGAAUGUUAAGGUAUUUGAAGAAAGAAGAAACUUGUUGGGGAAAUGGUUUGACAAGUGGACAGACAAUCAAAGGCGAAGAGUCCUGACAGACUUCUUGGAGCACUGCUCCCUUUCACAGCUGAAAUUCUGUUUCAAACUGCUCCAGGAUCGAGUGCCAAUUGAAGCACUGGAUUUCACCACCCAGCUUCCCCGAGUGUUAACUUUGUACAUCUUUUCUUUCCUGGAUCCUCAAAGUCUCUACCGAUGUGCCCAGGUAAAUUGGCACUGGAACUAUUUAACCCAGCUUGAUCAACUCUGGAUGCCAAAAUGUCUGCGUUUUGGAUGGUAUAUCAAUUUCUCUCCAACUCCAUUUGAGCAAGGAAUCUGGAAGAAACACUAUAUUAAGAAGAUAGAAGAAUUUCGAGAGUCCAGACCUAAGACCCCACCAAAAAAUGAUUUUGUGGUGGUUGAUGUUCAGCCAAUAACAAAAGAUGUCCCAGAAAUAAAGCAGUCUUUGUUGUCAGUCCUCGAAUCUGCAUCUCUGUUAAGAAGAAAGAUAAACAAAGGAAAGAGAGAUCUCCCACCUUGGCGUUCAUCAGAUAAGCAUCCAACAGAUAUCAUUCGUUACAACUAUUUGGAUAACUUUGAUCCCAUUGAGCAGGCAAGGCAGGCUAGAAGAAGAGGAGGAGGUCUCACCCCAGACCUCAGUCAGUCAGCCUUUCAGAAAAAGAGGAAACCAGGCAGUGGAACGUACAAACUCAGAAAAGCAAAGUCUCUGCAACCUAACAGUGAAUUAUCAAGAACACCAGAUUGUGGGAAUCAGAUGUCCCUCUCAGCAGAACUUGACUCAGAGGCAGAAGUGACAGUUCGCCCAAGCUGGGCUCAGCAUCAGCCAAACAGCUACCCUCUGACUAAAUCAACAGCUAAAAUGUUUGCUCAGAGUGCUCAGUGGAAUGCUGAAAUACGUCCUGCGCCUGCUCGAGGGCCCAUCCCAAAACUGAGUGAGAAAGGAAAGAAAGCCUUUGCCCGAACUAACAGAAGCUCACCAACAUCACCACUGUUUGAAAGUCAACCCUGGGAAGUUCCAUCAUCCAGCUAUGUAUCUGAUGCAGAGCAAGAAGCUGAAGAAAAGAGAACCUCAGCAUCAUUACUGACUUAAUCUCCCAAAAGAAAAAGUGCUUAUUCAAUUAUUGUUAAGUGAAAUGCCUCUUUCUCAAAGUUGGUGUUUGGACAAGGUUUAAGAAUCAAGUAGAUGACAGAUUUAUCAUCAAUUAGUGGAUAUCUUGGUUUUAAAAAUUUGUAGAGCCAGGAACUUGCCAUGUGGCCUUGGAUGGUUUCCCAGCCUCAGUUACUAAACUGUGGAUUGGAAAUUGUCUUAAUGUACCAGUUUUUCAUAGGAAUGUUGUGAGGAUGAAUGUUAUAGGGAUUACAACAGCUCAAUUCUGCAUAGGUUUAUUUAUGUACUCGGUGAAAUUUACAGAUAACUGAGUAAACAAUUGCAGCUGAAGGUAUUUAGAAACGAGAACAAUGCAUCUCAAUGCAGAAUUAAAAAAAGUUGAAAAAUGGGGGAAUAUUUAAAAUUGGUGUAUAUCAUAAUAAAUAAUAAUAGCUAAAUAACUAUCAUGAUCUGUGCCAAAUGUAGUUUUCACAUCCAUUUUUCUAUCUUCUUUUCUUUCUGUCUUAUCAUGAAUAAAAUGAGUAAGUAUUUAAUAUAUAUGAGCAAAAAGGCAGGCUGUAUAUUAAAUAAAUAAUUGUCACCUCUUCAAGACUGCCAUUAUUAGCACGGAGUUUGAAAACUCUUUGGAAGGAGGUCAAUCUUGCUUUGCUGGUGCUGUUUGAAAAAAAAACAUUCUGUAAUGUGACAAUGUUCACAGUCCACUGGAACAUGCAAAUUAACUUGGAUAUAAAAUGAGAAAGGUCAAAUAUAAGACCAGGAAUAUAAUGUACCAAUUCAUCAAUGAUGGUUAUGAUGCUGACAUUUUAAUGUAACCCAGUGUGCAAUAGCUACCAGCACCUGUUCAAUAACCAAGCUAUAGAAACAUGAUUUGAUUUUUUUUUUUUAAAAAACCCUGCAAUAUAGAAUGAGAAAAAGGCA